AAAAACCCGAUUUUUUAUUUCAAAUUUUUGACAAUUUUUCUAUAAAUAGUCGACACAGCGCCGUCCUCACGCGCAAACGGCUGGAAAACAUGGCUCUUACAACAGUUACUUUGUUCUCUCUACUCUUACCCGCCCUCAUCAACGCCAUCACUAUAGAGUCUAGCGAACGUGAGCCACGCCGUUUACUCAUCAGUCGUAACCGCAACAAUCUUCCCAGCUAUGCGACACCACAAUGCAUUUGUAUGCCGGGCGCUCGCGGUAGUCCCGGUGAACCAGGUACAGCGGGGGUGAAGGGACCACGCGGCGAAACUGGUUUGAAGGGACCAAAAGGACCACAAGGUGCUAUUGGUCCGCCGGGACAGCAGGGUGCUAAUGGGCGUGACGGUUCUAUUGGUGCGCCUGGUUUGCCAGGGCCCAGCGGAAGACGUGGCUUCCCCGGUGGCCGUGGACCGCCAGGGCCAAUGGGUCCACCUGGUCUGCCAGGACCGCAGGGGGCGCAAGGGGCACCUGGUGUUACUAUAAGUGCAACGUCCACAACAUCGUCGUCUUCAACAUCGUCAUCUUCUACGCGGCGUUAA